AUGCCGGAACAUCCCUUAUAUGGUGAAUCCAUUCGCCGGAAUGAGGCCACCGAAAACUCUGGCGUGGACGACGCCAUUGAUAUCAACGACAAUUCCUUUAUCGGUAUAGUGAAAUCGAGAAUCGCCAGGAUUUUACCUAAUCGUAUAACGAAGUGGUUUUCAAAGUCAGCCAAAGCCCAAAAACGACGCCAUCGUCUUUCAGAAGUCGAUAAUGAAGAUUGCAUCGAAGACACAAAUGAAUAUCUGCAAUCUAAAUAUGAAGAAUGUCAUGAUCGCAACCGUUGGGACAGGCAAGAUGAAAAUUCUGAAGAAGAUAGGCCGAACGAUAAGUCCCACAAUAGUGGAGAAAAAUUUCAUAAGCGAAAUUUGAAUUCCUUUCAAACUACCACACCUGAACAACCUGCAAAGCGUUCCCGUAUCGCUAGUACGCAAAAUAUUUCUUUGAUGGCGAGCAAUAGAUCCCUCAUUGCUUUAACUUCUCCUAAAAGUAGUAGUAAGUGCCGUAGUUGUAAUGGAGGUGCAUGGUUACGCUCGUCGGGUCAAAGGGGAUAUACCCAACAGAUCGGAAGCAAACAAUGUUACGAUUUUAUGGUGUCGAAGCUUAAUGUAAAAACUAACAUCGAGGACAUAGUAUCUACUCCAAUUGAGUUAUGGAAAGAUGUGUCUUCCGGUAAAAGCGGCGAACUAAAUAUCUCGCAGAUAAAUUCGCGUAGGACCUUGAGUGUACCACCAACUGCAUCAAAUUUUGAAGGGGCUGAUAAUUUUGCUACAAUUUCUAGUCUGUCGUUGUCAAGUGUUAAGCAAGGUGUCUCGACAGAUGUAGAAGCUGAAACAGUUAGCUGUUGUAUUGAAGAUAUCAAUCAAUCAAGGAAACAAAGCGGGUUUUCAAAAGAUGAAGAAGGUGAUGGCGAAAUAAGUAAAGUUAGGCGUGGAGAUGCUAAUCAAAGCAUGGCAACUACCGAGACACAUUCAGAAAAGGACGAAAGUGGGAUUGAAAAUGUGAGUAGGGAUACAACUGUGGACACUGCGGGAAAAGAAACUGAAAAGAUAUAUCAGCAACGAAAGAUCGGUUUAUACGAUAUGAUCCCAGUCAGUGGCACCCGUCAAGGUAGCCGGUCUUCAUUCCACAGAGAGCGACACAAAUCGUUAUCGGCUGAAGCGAAUAUUCAGGGUUCAAUAUCUGACGAUACUUCUAAAACUUCGACUCUGCUGUUGAGCUGCGAAACUCGCAAUCAACUAAAUGCUUGGAACUCCGGUAGUACAUCCACUAUAAGGAAUAGGCGCUCGCCGAAUAUUUUGUCGCCUUUUUAUGAAGGCAAAACUACGUACGGCGGUGCAGCAGCUUAUCACAAGAUAGACAAUAGUAUCGGUGUUCGUCCGGUACCCAAAACCCGAGCAGUUAAGCGUCCCUUUUUGACUCUAUCGAAUUUAUCGUUAUCUAACAUAUCUUUGGCUGCCACUGGCCGCAAACGUGACAAGUCAUCUACGCCUAGAGGAACUAAACGUAUACUUCAUUUGAUUAAUGAUUUCAGUACGCCUUCAGGUAAGGCCAAAAACUUCGUUCGCAAUGUUAACCCUUCUAAUCAAUUGGUUGCUGAAACUCCUUCGUCGUCGGUAAAUUUACUAAUGAUGAAGCCUGUGCCCCAGUCCGAUAUACAGUUGGCUGUGUCGCCUUCAUCUACGACAACGAAGCAGCAAACAGUAGCUGCUGCAACAACUGUACUUGCCCAAAAUGAACAAGCCGUCAGGACAUUAACAAAUCUAGCCGCUUCAGAGGCAUUAUUAGGAACAUUCACUACGAAACAUACGACCAACUUUCUUUUUUCGCCUCCACAAACACAUACGGAUAUACCCCCUUUAUACACUCAGAAUAUCAAAUUAAAACAACAACACUACGAAUUCAGUUCACCAAUAUAUUUGCAACAAAGCUGCAAAUCAAAAAGUCCUACAGGAAAUUUGGAUCACAAAAUUGGAACUCAGCCGAAGAGUGGUAGCUUUUCAGAAACCCUAAACAAAGAACUAUUAACUUCGUCCAAAAGCAAGGCAGAUGCCUCUAAGACCACCUUGGACGGCACUUUUCAGUUUAGGAAAAGCGAAGACGAGCGGAAAUGUAACGUGUGUAGGGUAUGCAAGAACUCAGAAGCUGUGAAGUGUUCUGCUUGCGAAAUAACUAAAAAGUUUGAAAAACAACAAACAUGUUUAGAGCGUAUGGUUCGAAAUAAUGAGGAAUCUAGUGAAUGUGUUGAGUGCGAAACAACAAAGAAAGUUUCUUCAUCGACCUGCAUUUUGAUGGCUGAUAAUGGCUUCGGGGAUAUGUCUAAGUCUAAAUCAAAUAUCUGGAAAUGCGACCAAUGUUUAGUAGAUGGUCAAAAUAAAAAACCCGGGCAUAACGAAAAGUUUGGCAGUGGUGGUGGGUCCGUUGCAUCAACCAGUGAUUUUAAGUUUGCUCGUCUAGCACGAAAAUUAAUCGAUGUUAAUCAUACAACCGCAACCACCUCAAACUGCACUGCUUCUGCACCACCAAAUUCCAGAUUGAAAUUGCUGCCUGCCCAAGAAACAGCAUCCAAAUGGGAAUGUGAGGUUUGCAUGAGUAGAAAUGAUGUUAAUCGCAUUAAAUGCAUAUGUUGCGAACAACCCAAGCUCAGGUCGAUUUUUGCAAAUGCUUUUGCCAACAAUGCCGAAAAAUUUACUUUUGUCGGUAGCGUCGGCAAGUUUUCAUUUGGCUCCUUACCGAGCAACACAUCAAAGAACACAAACGAAUCGAAACAGGCAACCACCGCAUUAACUACGACCGACACCUUGGCGAUAAAAUCUACCCUAUCCGCAGUAGACUUCGGUACUCAAAGCUCCGCUUCGACAUGCGAUAGCGGCACCUUCACUGAAAACUCAAGUGACAGCAUUAAUAAAGGUUCUUGUAAUGGCACAACUAGAAUACAGCAAGGCAAUGUGCCCACAAGUGUUACUAGUGGAUUUGCAUUUAAAAGAAACUCGGAAACUAUUUUAUCUACAUCAGAUGCCACAACAACAACAUCCGUGAGUUUUCCAUCAAUGGCCGAACAGGCGACUAAUUCACAGAUUACUUCCCAGGCAAUAUUUGUGGAUCCAGCUGUCCAAAGCUCAAUUGACUCGCUUUUUUUUACCUCAUUCAACACUGGAGCCACAGUUACGCAACAAUCUGUCUAUAAUUUUACCGGAUCUAGUGAAAGUAUGUUGACUACAAAGCCCCAUUUUAAUGGAGACAGCACUUCAACGUCCCGCAAUAUUUUCAUGCCGGCUUCAAUGCCUGGUGACCGAUUGGCACGGAAACGGAGACGAAAAAUACGGCGUAUUAAAUAA